AUGGCCAAAGCCACAGUUGAUGCUUUGACAGACCACGGUGAUGAAAGUGUACGGAAACAGUUGCAGAAUGAGUUAGAUGGCGCAGAGCAACGCAGAGGUGUUUUCGUGAUUGCUGCAACAAAUAGGCCUGAGGUGAUCGACAGUGCUCUCCUACGUCCUGGUAGAUUUGGGAAUCAUAUUUAUAUUCCUGUUCCAAGCCCAGACGGUGGUGCCUCGAUAUUGAAAGCUCUUGCAAUGCAUAAGGAAGCUCUUGCAAGGCGUAUGGAAAAUCGUGCAAGGUUUAAGCUUAUGCCUAUUAAUGCCAGUGUGAAUUUAAGCUCCAUUGCAAGAUCGAAAGCUUGUACUAAUUUUAGUGGUGCUGAUCUUGCUGCAUUGAUGGACAAAGCAAUAUUGGCUGCUCUUGAAGAGAAGCUGGCCACAACGGCAGAAAAAAGUGGUACAUUGACAAUCGAGGCAAUGCAUUUUAAGGUUGCGCUGAGCAAAGUCUUCCCCUUUGUGUCGAAAAAGAAAAUUUUGAAGAUCCUUAAAGCAUGA